GGGUGACAGUCAUUACUGCCCUGUAUAAAUUCAGUUGUUCGUUGAAACAAUAAAACCAAUCUUUGAAUAAAAUAAGAACAAUACAUAGAGUGUCGCGAACUUGCUGUUAGUAUACCCGUCAGACACUGUGGAGUAAUUCACAGCGUAAUAAUGGUAUUCCUACAAUACGUAUUUAGCUUAUUGACCGUCAAGUCAGUGAUAGUCGGGUUAAUGGCUCUCUUCAUAGCUACACGGACUUACCGAAGACCGAGGAACAUUCCUCCCGGUCCGACUGGAUGGCCCCUUCUUGGCUACCUCCUAAAUCUCAUCUUGGCCGGGGACGAGUACAAGAACUUAACCCGACUGGCUAAGACCUACGGACCGGUGUUUAGUAUGAAUCUAGGUGGUACAUUGGUGGUGGUCGUCAACAGCUUCGCUUCCAUCAAGGAGGCUCUGAGUCACCCUAACACCGCAUCCCGUCCACCCACAAGCUUCUCCAAGAAAAUCGCACACGAUCCUGACGCUUUAGGUGUAUUAUCGGCCUCUGGUGACAGCUGGUCUCAGCAGAGAAAGUUUUCUCUGACUGUCUUGAGAGGGUUCGGUGUGGGUAAGUCUAGUUUUGAAGUCUCCGUCGCUACUGAAGCAGGAUGUCUUCUCGAAGCCAUCAAAGAGCACGGGGACAAUCCUUUCAAUCCAACCCAUCUGAUAAGCAACGCUGUUUCGAAUGUCAUCUGCUCCGUUACCCUGGGUAAAAGAUUCGACUACUGUGAUCCAAAGUUUCAGAAGAUGCUUAAGUUGUUGAAUCGUAACUUUGAACUCUUGUCUGGUGGUGGAGCUUAUUCAUAUCUCCCAAUUAUGGACAAUUUGUCAUUCACCUCGACAUACAAAGAAGUGGAAACUAAUGUGCUUCUGAUGGUAGCGUUUAUCAGGGAAUGCAUUGAGGAGCACCGUAGAGUUUUGGACUUCGACAAUCCCAAAGAUUUCAUCGACGUUUUCCUCACAGACAUCUACGAAAAAGAGACAAAGAAUGUCCAGAGUCACAUCACUGCUGACAACAUGUUACUGACUACAUUUGAGCUCUUUGCAGCUGGAACGGAGACUACGGCAUCCACCCUCCGUUGGGCGUUACUGUACAUGAUGGCCUACCCUGAGGUACAAGCCAGGGUUCAGAGGGAGCUCGACGAUGCAGUAGGUAGAGACCGUUUACCCAACAUGGCGGACAAACCUCAGCUGCCAUACACAGAGGCGACCAUCCUGGAGGUGCAGCGUCUGGCGUCCAUCGUGUCCCUCGCAAUUACUCAUAUGCUCUCAAAAGAUACCAGCCUACUUGGCUACGACAUUCCAAAGGGGACAUUGCUCAUUGCUAAUCUUUGGGCCGUCAGCCGAGAUCCAUCCAUCUGGUCCGAUCCAGAAAAAUUGAUUCCGGAGAGAUUUCUUGACGAAGCUGGUUCUUUGAAGCCGAGGGAGGAGCAUCUUCCGUUUAGUACAGGUCGCCGGGUGUGUCUUGGGGAGCAGCUUGCAAAGAUGGAGCUGUUCAUCUUCUUCUCACAUUUACUGCAUCAGUUUUCUUUCAAGAAACCGGAUGAUUCCCAACCAUUAUCUUUCGAGGCUAUCAACGGGCUCACGUUGACUCCGACUCCAUUCGAAGUUCGUGCGAUUCCUAGAGAGUAAAUGCAUGCUGCCACGUUGAACAGUAAUUUUGUUGUGCUAUAAUUGGGUUUGCAAGCGAUAUAACAAGUUGUUUAGUAGUAUUAUGUAGUUGCAGUAGUAUUUGAGAGAGAGGUUUUUGUCUCCAGCCGACGCCAUCUGGGGAACCUUCGAUGGUGGCCUUCCAGACAUUCCGGUCCAACAUCAGUGUCCUAUAGACCAUGUGAACUUUGUAAACAAUAGGUGUGACCAUCUUUGAGUAUUCUGGCAGGCACAA